ACCAUCACCACAAACGCUAGGGUUUAGCUUUCGGGUCUUACGAAAGAAUGUUAUAUAUCCUCAUCUCAUUUCUUGUGACUUGUGAGAGUCAGACCCUCCUCUCUCAUCUCCUCACAUCUUCUCAGAACCAGAAUCGCAUGCAGCCGCACGGCCUCGUUAAUCCUCAUCCUCUUCUCUUCUUCUCGCAAGUUGCUGCAGGCAGCACCAGGAGCCUCCGUUUGCCGAUGACGUGACACAGUAACAACACAUUGAGACAUCGGGUAACUUUAGUCCUCGUAACAGAGGAUCAAGGCAACUCGUUGAGGGUUUCGUAAUCCAUCCAUCUCUCUUUCAAUACUCUCCCUACUUGCCCAUGCAUUUUUCGGAAAUAAGUCCACCCAUGGAGGUAGCAACGCGAUUCUCAUCCCAAAAUCACUUCCAUCCACACAGCUUCUUUACAAAACCCAACGUCAAACUUCCGGUAAGACAAGCUCACCGCAUCCAAUGUUUUCGUAUACGCUGCAAUGGACCUCGGUUUCACCUCAAUACAACCCCUGCAUUAAGCGCAACAACACUUUUUCCUUCUUUCAAAUAAGGAAAUUAUUCCAAUGCAUAGCGGCAACGACGGGGAAGCAAUUGUUGCUGCUCCUGGUGGUGACGAUUGUAGAACCCCACCUUUCAGACGAAAAACAUUCAAAAACAAGUUUUUGAACUUCGUGCGGUUCAGUUCUGUGAUCAACGAUGCUGCGGAAUCGUUCUUCAAGAGCGAGAUAAGGAGGAGAUUGUUCGUGACUGCCGUGCUGAUUGUGGUUAGUCGUAUUGGUUAUUUCAUUCCUCUUCCUGGAUUUGACAGAAGGUUGAUACCGCAAGACUUCCUUAGCUUUGCCUCUGGAAGUGUUGAUGAACUUGGCGACUUCUCCUACGAGCUCAAGUUAUCUCUUUUCCAGCUUGGAAUUAGUCCCCAGAUAUUUGCGUCUAUUAUUAUGCAGGUACUGUGUCAUGUUAUUCCUUCUCUAGUAAAGCUCCGCAAAGAAGGUUUGGAUGGACACGAGAAGAUUAAGAGUUAUAUAUGGUGGAUGUCAUUUGGCUUUGCAAUUUUGGAAGCUUUUAUAAUAUCUUGCCACUCGCUUCCAUAUUCAAUCUAUGCCGCCAGCCAAUGCAUCAAACAUGUAUUGGUGACAACCUGUUUGUUGGUUUGCGGUGCAAUGACUAUUACAUGGAUCUGUGACACUAUAUCAGAAUCUGGAUUUGGUCAAGGUUCAUCUCUCAUCAUAUGUGUGGGAAUACUCACGGGUUACGUGGAGACACUACACAAAAUGAUCACUCAGCUUUCCGUGAAUGGUCUGGGUGGUGUGACUUGGUGCCAAUAUCUGCUUGCAGUGUUGGGUAUUUUCACCAUAGUUACUAUGUGGGCAGUUGUGGUAACUGAAAGUUGCAGGAAAGUAAAGCUUCAGUACUAUGGUUUCAAACUUGCUUCUGCUGCAAGGGAGCAAUCACCAAUUACUGAAGUCGAACCGUAUAUUCCUUUCAAUAUUAAUCCAUCUGGAAUGCAACCUGUUCUUACUACCUCUUACCUCUUAGCAUUUCCAAGUAUUCUAGCCAGUCUGCUUCAAUCACGUUUCUGGGAGCACGUAAAGGAGAUAUUGAACCCUGAAAAUUCUGUUGGUGCUGAGCCAUGGGUUUACUAUUCAAUAUAUGCUCUUUUUGUCUUCCUAUUCAAUAUAUUUGAUAUUGCUAACCUGCCAAAGGAAAUUGCUGAUUACUUAAAUAAGAUGGGUGCAAGAAUACCAAACAUAAAGCCUGGAAAGGCUACUAUAGAAUACCUAAUAAAGAUUCAGGCAUCCACACGAUUUUGGGGGGGACUGCUGUUAAGUGUAUUGGCCACUACAUCUACUAUUCUUGAUCACCAUUUACGGCGCAUCAAUGCUGGAUUUGCUAUUGGUUUUACCUCAGUUCUAAUUAUUGUUGGUUCCCUUAUCGAACUUAGAAGAUCAUAUCAAGCAUAUAAUGUGAUGCCAAGCUUAAGCAAUGCUUUGAAACGUUAUGGCGUAUAGCAUCUCUAAAGGCCAUGCUGUCAUACUUCUGCACCAUUCUAUUUAAUACCUCGAGGAUAAUCCUUCGCUCUCUGUUGGUAAGUCGUAUGAAUUUCCAGGAAGCUUGUAUUUCUGAGUUAUACAAGUAUAGCUUGUGGAUCAUACCGUGAGGUCAAGUAGCAUACAAGGUGCUAAAUGCUGCGACUAAAAGUUGAUAAGUGGCAGUAGCUGAUUCAGACGCCUUUUUUUUUCUCACUUUUUAAUUUAUUUAAUAUACGUGUGAAAAAGUUUGUUUGCUGCGAAACUGUUGCUAAUAUAGUUGCUGCUGCUGCAGCUGAGCUUUGUACAGGGAAGUACAUACUAGUAGCAAUAUAUUUUAGAAUACUAAUUGGGAGGCAUGUCUUACUACAUUUGAAGGUAAUUUACUCUUACAACUGGAUGAAAUGCCAUGUGAGACCUUUUCGCUUGACUAAAUAGCAUUUCGCAUCUCUUUAUGCUUAAACUAAACAUGAAAGAGAUACCUUUCCAAAAAAAGGAAAAUACCUUCUAAUACUUCCGUCUUUUGGAUUAUUGUACCUAUAAUGCACAUUAUACAUGUCUAUUGGCACUCCUUAA